AUGCCUUUCCUUCCUUCACAGUGAUUCACCAUUUCUCAACUAAACAAAGAAGAAUCAAAGCAAUAAAAGAAAUGGCAAGGGUAUUGAUACCUGGAGGUCAGAUCAUGAUUUAUGUUUGGGCUAUGGAACAAAAAAAUCGUCGCUUUGAAAAACAAGAUGUAUUUGUUCCAUGGAAUAGGGACUUGUGCUCCCGGCUUCUUUCAGAAUCAAAUCAGUCUGGACAUAAGAGUGAUCUUGAACAUUCCGUAAAAAAACACCCACAGCAACUAGUAGGCUCUGAAUGCAGCUACCCAAUUAAUCUUAAACAGGAACUUGAUACAAAAAGUUCCCAGAGUACAGACCAUUGCUUAGCCAAAACCUGCUGCAUGAAAAUGUCUGAAGAAGAAGAAAAUCGAUUCUAUAGUGCUCUAGGGAAAUCUUUUCGUUCAUGGUUUUUCUCCAGAUCCCUUGACGAAUCAUCCUUAAGAAAGCAAACUGAGAAGAUGAAAUCUCUGAAGAAUGUAGGAGGAUGGGCAAACAGAACCAUAUCCAUUCAACCGUCAAGACACUGCAGUUUAGACUUAGGUCACCGUGGGCCAUUGUUAAAAGAGCAAAGUUUAGAUGAUGACGAAGUGUUUAUGGAAAAUGCAUCUCUCAAAAAACCACAAUGGAUGACCGCUUCAGGUGUAAUGAGGGAUUUAAAUGGAGAACACCAUGGAGUAGUUCAGAGCAAGAAUGAAGAAACAUCUUUUCUGAGUGGUCCUGUGGAAGACAGGGACAACAACUGUACUUAUAGUAAAGAUGAAGAUGGUAAAUCUACUGCUAGCAAACUCUUUCAAAGAACUUCAACAACUGACUCCACUGAUUCUAUUUUGGAUGAAGCAAUGGCUGUUGGGGACCAGGUUGUUGACAUAUUGGAUACAAAAGCCUUCAUGCGUUAUUAUCAUGUUUUUCGGGAAGGAGAGCUAUGCUCUUUACUGGAAGAGAAUGUGCCUGAACUUCAUAUUAUUAGUUCUUGCUAUGAUCAUGGAAACUGGUGCAUUAUUGCAGAGAAAACAGCAAAAUAACUGCAAACUGAGCACAUAAAACAAAACUUAAUUGAAAACUUUAAAUGCUGCUCCUUGAAGGUGUUCUGUGGUGUUGUAAUUGUGCAAUAUACAAUGGAAUUUGAGUCUCGUAGUUGUGUUCUGUCUAUUUCUGAUUUUACUUUGUAUAUAUCUAUAAAUACUGUGUAUAAGAAUGUAAGAUGCAAGCAACAAUACUUAUGUUUUGUCAAAGAUAGGCUUUUAAGAGUUUUAUAUUGCUUUUAGCAAAUAAUUCAGUUUUUAAAUGUACUUUUUGUAAUUGAAAAAUAAACAAAACAUUUUUAUAAGAUAAGGAUCAGGGCAUCUUUUAUGAGAAAUAUUUGCCCAAUGUAAACUUAAAGCUUGGUACUGCAAACACUUAAGCAUGUGUGUUAACUUUACUCAGUAGGGUCCUGAUUCAGCAGUCCAUGCUUCUUCAGCAAAUAACUUAAGGACAUGCUUAACUUUAAACAUGUGCCUAAGUCCCAAUUUGGACACAUGCUUUAAGUUAAGCACAUGUUUAAAUACUUUGAUGAAUUGUGGUCUUCAGGAUGGGCUACUCAUAGGCAUAAAUGUUUGCAUGAUCAAGCCUUGAGUAUUCUGUGCUUUGUGCUUAGCAUUCUGGAGCAAAUGGGACAGCUGCAUUUGUUCAAGAUUUUGGUCUUGGUUUUUUUAAAACAAUCUAGUUCAGGCGUUCUCAAACUUCAUUGCACCGCGACCACCUUCUGACAAAAAAAUUACUACACAACCCCAGGAGGGGGACCAAAGCCUGAGCCCUCCCGAUCCCUGCCCCGCUGGGUUUGGGGGACAGAGCCCACUGCCACGGGGUGAGGGGGAGGGAAGCCAAAGCCCAAGGGUGUCAGCCGCAGGUAGGGGGCCUGUAAUCUCAGCACCACUGCCCAAGACUGAAGCCUUCAGGCUUUGGCCCCAGACAGCGGGGCUCGGGCUUUGGCUUCAGCCCCUGACCCCAGCAAGUCUAAGCCAGCCCUUGCGACCCCAUUAAAACGGGGUCACGACCCACAGUUUGAGAACCGCUGAUCUAGUUUAUGCCUCAGAGCUAAGGGGUUGAGAUUGAGUCUUAUGUAUUCUCUACCAAAAAUAUAUUAAUUUAUUUUCUAAAGUUUUAAAAGUUUUGCUUAUCUAUAAACACUGUUCACUGAGACUAAUUUUAAUAACCGUUAUUUACAGAGAGUACAGUAAAUUAAACGUAUGUGAGGUGUACAUAUUUUUGAGAUAAACAUGGGAGCACUAUGUGAAAUUAGUAUAAUUCUAGUGCAUCUCUGCUUGGUUUAAAAGACAGAUUUAUCUGUAGUAUUGGAUCAGCUUAUAUACUUAGAUGACAAUAUAUACUUUCUUAAAGGUAUCCUAAGAAAUGUAGAAGAAAUUAGUCAAGUAUGUAAAUAAAACAUUACGAAUCAAAUAGCAAAAUCCUUCAAAUACAUGUCUUCCAUAUUUUAAAUGGGACAUUAAAAGGUCCCUGAUGCCUCUAGGUGCUGGAAACUAAAGAACCAUUUUUCAAAGGGUUAGAGGAUAACUCUGAUGUCUUGGGCAGAUUUCCCUCUCUUAGGUCUGAUCUACACCUAAAACUUAGGUCAACCUAGCUAUAUUGCUCAGGGUUGUGAAAAAUUUCAUGCCCUGUGCAAUUAUAGUUAAGUCGACCUAACCCCCACCAUAAAUGCAGCUAGUGACAGAAUUAUUCCACUGACCUAGCUACCACAGCUCAAGAGGGUGGAUUUACGAUAGUGAUAGAAAAAUCUCUUCUGUCACUGCAGUAAGUGUCUACAUUACAGCAGCAUAGCUUCAGCACUGCGAGUCUGCCUCUAUGGUGCUUGUAGUAUAGAUAUACCCUCAAUAAAAUACUACCUACGCUCUACGGUUAAUUUUCUGACCGAGCACAGCAUCCAAUCACACUCACAUUAUAGUAGAUUAGCCCACAGUUACUCACAGUGAGCAGUACUUUACUCCUUAAGUAAUUUGACUGAUUUUGCUGGGACUACUCAUGGAGUAAGGUGCUACCUCAGCUGGUGUAAAUUGGCAUAGUUCCAUUGGCUUCAUUGACUGUCCCUCUGUAUUUGCAGCGGUUUAAGUGAGUGUUAUAAUUUGACUUUGGUAAUUAAGAUGUCUGAGUAAUUACUCAGUAAAGAACUUCAGAUACUGUGUAUAAGAGGAGUUUUAACAAGAGCAAAACUACUGUAAUGCUUUUGAAAUGUUACCCGUUCUACAAUAUGUAAAUUCAUAGCUUUUAGCUUGUUCAGUCACAGAGCCUGAUGGAAGUAAAAGUGUAAAUGUUUUAUAUGUAGCUGCCCUGGAUAUAAAGUUUAAUAAUAUAUUAUAUAUAUUCUUUUGCUAAAAUGUAUCUAAAUAGACUGACUUCCAUGGUUUUUCUUAUUGUACAGUUUCUGUUCAUUGUCAUUUUCACUUUUGCUCUCUCUCUAGCCCAGUGAUUCUUUAAGUAUUUAUCCACAGUGGAACAGUCAUAGGGCAGGAGAGAGAAUGAGAUUGAUUCUGUAGCCCACUGGUCAGGGCACCUGCCCUAGAAGUGGGAGUGUCCAGGUACAACCACUUUUUCAUUAUUUAUCCACAAUGGAACAGCACCAACAGGAAAGACAGAGGAAGCCAUACCUCAGAAUAUCCCAUAUCUUUGUGGUCAGUGCACUCUCCUGAGAGGUGGGACACCCCUGGUUAAAUUCUUUCUCUCCCUCUGGCACAUUCCAGGGUGUCUCCCACAUUCCAGGCCUGUGCGCUAACCACUGGGUAAAAGUUAUAGGGGGCAUCACCACCAUCUCCUCCUCCUGCUGUUUAGUACAGAGUGAGGCAGGCUCCAAACUCAUUCCUGAAAGAAUUGCCUUAGGUGCAUAAGCGAUCUGACUCCAGGAGAGUGAUUCCUAUUUGUUAAUCUCUAGCAGAGAUAGGUACCUGCAGCAGGGCUUAGCACACCUAGUCUGGUUGGCAUCUCCCAUUGGCUAGCAUGCUGGCUUUUUAUGUGCAUUCUUAGGUGCCUCUCUCCCCAUGCAUUGGAUAGGGAGCCUACCUGCCUAACAGCUUUGUGGACUGCAGUGUUGUUCUUGAGAUUUUCUAGGCACCUAAAAGUUAGGCAUGCUGACUCUCAGCAUUGCAACACCUAGGUCCCUUUGUGAAUCGCACCCUGUGAUUCUCUCUUAUCAUGAGAAACAUGACAUUUCCAAAAAAAACCCCGUGCGAUCCCACUGCUUAUUUGCUGAGGAGCAUAGCUUAAUGUGUUCAAACAAGUGGUGAAAACCAUAGCAAAGCCCAUUAAUUAAGAUUAAAUAAAUACAAUUCCUGCACUACUUACUAAGAUAAAACUCUGAUUGAUGUCAGAACUGCAGGAUUUGGCCCUUAACAGGCAAAAGUGAAGUUUGGAUUUGUGUCUUCUGUUUGGUAAUAGAAAGUUCUAGACGUAAAAUUCUAGUCCCAUUACAGCCAAAAACUGCCAUUGACUUCGGUUGGUUCCGAGGUCACCAACCUGUCCUUAACUGGUACUUUGAGAUAUCUUGAUCAGAAGAGGAAAGAUGCCCAGUUUCCUUCUGUUGAACUUAAUAUUUAACGUUGUCCGUCUGAAUUGACUGAUAAUGGCUGCUAUUUUAACUCUUAAAAUGUGUAAUUUAAACUGACACCUGCAAUAAAAAACAUAUUACAAUUGAACAAACUUAUUUUUGAUGGAACACAAAAAUACAAUAUUUGAUAAAAUGUUGUUUUGCCUUUUUUGAGUAAAUGUGAAUAUUUAUAGGUGCAAAAGCUAUUGCUUUUCUACAAAAGACAAUUCAUUUACCUUCUUUAAAUUGAAGAGGGCAAUCGUUUUAAAAGCACAAAUGGGUUAUGAAAAGCUAUAAAUUUUGUAAAAGUGUUCAUUUGUGAUAAAGUGCUGGUAUUCAUGUUAUUUGUGUGUGUACUUUAAAAUGAUACUCAGUUAAGAGAUAUGCAGUGUGUUACAGUAGCACAGGAUUGAUAAUGAACAAUCUGACUCUGUUCUGAUUAAAAACCCUGGCCUUGAUCCUGUAAUUACAUCUGUACUGAAUUGUACUCACAUGUGCACUCCAUUGACUUGAAUGGGUCAUCUUUGGAGUGUAGGAAUUUACUUGUGUGAUGCAUUUGUAGAAUUUGAGGCCCAUAUUUAUACUUCAGUGCAACUUGGAUGUUUCAGUGUUACUAGUUUGAUCAAAUAUACAGUUUUAUAUCUCUGUUGUGAGUUCUUGUUAUGCUUAUCCUGUAUUAAUUCCGGCAGCUACUCGUUAUCGUAACUUGAAUCUGGUGUGUUUAAAUACUACACUAUAAUCAUUUCUUUAGUCCACAUAUAAAACUUCAGAUAUUAACCAUCAUUUGGCUGAAAAAAAAUCUUGCUCCACUGAAAUAUUAUUUAGUGGAAACAUUACACAGUUUAAGAUGCAUUAAUAAAGAUGACA